AAGAUUUUUGUUUCUGUCACAAAGAAUAUUUUUGAAUUAAAUGUAGAGUUGUUAGUAUAAAUAAUGUUCUGAAUACUCAACAAUGAAUAUGAUAUGACCAUAAGAGACUGCCAUGAUUCUCUUGCAACUCCCCAAAUUAUGCACAUUUCAGUUAAAGAUUUGUGUGCUCCUGCAGGGAUCAGUGACAUUCCAGGAUGUGGCUGUGGACUUCACCCCAGAGGAGUGGCAGCUGCUUGACUGUGAUCAGAGAACCUUGUACUGGGAUGUGAUGUUGGACAACGUUAGAAACCUCAUCUCAGUGGGGGACCCAGCUACUGAAGCAAAAGUGGUCUUCAAGGUGGAGCAAGGACAAGAACCAUGGAUGGUGGAGGGAGUGAACCCACGUUGGUGCCAUCCAGGUCAUAAGUUAAGCCAUCUGUUCUCAUUGUCAUUCACCUGCUCCCAUUUCCUCUUUGUCAGUUUUCUUCUCAAAGCUCAGGAGCAAGGAGCUGACUGCCCAUUUGUUGAUGAAUCAGAGAAGCACCAAGAAAGGAAAGACAAUUUUUUAAAUUCAGUUUUGUUUAUGUUCAAUAAAAUUCAGACUAUGGAGAGACUUCAAGGCUAUGAUACGAGCACAAGUCUUCGUCCUACAAGAAAAAAAUCACAUAAAGGGAAAUCAUAUGGGAAGAGUUUGCAAUCUAUUUUAGACUUACUUAAUUAUAAUAGAUGUUAUACUGGAGAAAACACUUAUGAAUGCAAUGAUUGUGGGAAAGCCUUCAAACAGAAGUUUCAUUUCAUUAGACAUGAAAAAAAUCAUACAAGAAAAAAACCCUUUGAGUGCAAUGAUUCUGAGAAAGCCUAUAGCAGGAAGGCAUACCUUGCAACUCUUCAGAAAAUUCAUAAUGGAGAGAGACCAUUUGUGUGCAGUGAUUGUGGGAAAGCGUUUAAGCGUAAAGAACAACUGGUGGUCCACCAGAGACUUCACACUGGAGAGAAACCUUACGAAUGCAGUCAGUGUGGGAAAUCAUUCACUUGGAAUUCCUCCUUUACUCAACAUGUGAAAUCUCAUACACUUGAGAACUCAUUUGAAUGUAAGGAAUGUGGGAAAACCUUCAGGUAUAGUUCAUCCCUUUAUAAACAUUGUAGAUUUCAUACAGGAGAGAAACCCUAUCGAUGUAUUGUUUGUGACAAAGCCUUUAGCAACACAUCUGUGCUUGUUACACAUCAAAGAAUUCAUACAGGAGAGAAACCAUAUGUAUGUAUUGCAUGUGGCAAAGCCUUCAUCAAGAAGUCUCAUCUUUUAAGACAUCAGAUAACUCAUACAGGAGAAAAGCCCUACGAAUGUAACAAAUGUGGAAAAGCUUUUUCUCAGAAGUCACAUCUUACUGUACAUCAGAAAAUUCAUAUAUAAUAUUCACUUUAUGAAAAGCCUCAAAUAUUAGCUAAAUCCUAUCAAGUAGAGAAUUCAUAGAAAUCCACCAAGUUAAAUGAAUUUGGAAGAGUAGAUUCUCAAAAAAAUAAUGCCAAUCAUGUUCUGGAAGUAAUAAUAAAGUUUUUAUAGAAAAGAUCACAGAAAACAUUGAUUUAUAAAUAAUAGAGCCUGGAGCUUGGAACAUAAGCAUAAAUUAAAGAAUCAGUAAAAAGUACCAUCUGAUUUAUUUUUAUAACAUUGUACAAUUAUGCAAAUAUGAGUAUAAAAUGUUUAUAUUAAAUUAUAUCCAUUAAGGGGUUUCUGUAGUAAAUAUUUUUUCUUCCAGUUCUAACAACAUGCAAGUGAAAAAGUGAUUUAAUACGUAGUGUGAAUUUCAGUAAUAUUUUUAUUCAUUUGCUGGCACUUUUAUUGGGUAUAUCAGUGUGACUGACUCUCAGUCUCCUCUUUAAUUAUAAAACUGUCAUAAAGAUGUUUUCCUAUGUUUCUAAAUAUCAAAACAAGAAAUAAAGAAAAAUACCAAGAGGGGGAAAAGCAGUUGUAUUCUAUAUUACCUUAAGUAUUCAGUUGAAGAAAAGUAAAUAAGUAUGUAAGAAUAAAAGAUUUGCACUUCAAA